CGGCUGCUGUGCCCAUCGAAAAACAUUCCCUGGCAGGCUCUCUCGGGGUGUGACAACAAACUCUCUCAGGACAUUACACCAGCGCUAGCGCCCCAACGCCGGCUGGCCGGCGAGGCCCGGCCGCACCCAGCUUGACCAGUGUGCCCUCCAGGCCGCUGGGCCUGUUCACGCGCCCGACACGUGGCCGUGGCUUUCAGCUUGCCACGUGCCACCUGUCAUUUGGUGGAGUGGACGCCUCGCAAUGCAUGGACAGGGGAAGUGCCAGCCGUGAUUGAUUGGAGGUUACUGCUAAAAACGCGGCGCAGUUCUUUGAGCGAGCCAUGGCUACCAUGGAGGAGAUUUCGGAGAGGGAGCUACAUCUUGGAGCAAACGAAUGGCUGGUUACCUUGGAGAAAGGACGCAGAUGGCUACAUGAGAUUGUGGGGGACAUGUCCUUGGGGUUGCAAAUGGAGCCAGAGGUCGAAGGGGGAGCAAUCUCUCUGGCUGGUUGGAUGAAGGAUAAAAGUGAGGACAUGAUGGAGAUCAUCUGGGAGCUGGAGGAGGGGCCGGAUCCUCGGCUUGACAUCUGCAUCGAUUGGAGGAGGGCAGAUGGCAUCAUGGCUGUCUGCAAAACCCUCUUCAAUGAGGGUCGCGAUCUGUAUGAUCUUCUCGAAGACCGGUUGGAGAGUGUUAUUGAUCGUGAGGAGGCGCACGUGGCAAUGGAGGUAACAGUGGUAACAUCAAGACCAACAACAACAUCAAUAACAACAACAACAAUAACAGCAUCAACAUCAACAACAAUAACGACAACAACAAUAACAACAACAACGAUGACAACAACAACAAACACCAACCACAACAACAACGGCCACAGUGACAACAAAAACAGUGGCAGCAUCAACAACAACAACUAUUUCAUCAUCAGCAUGGAAACCUACUUCUGGGCAUCUGAGGUUAUCAUCAGCGGGAUGGGUGAGAUGUCGCGAGCGGGCAUGGGGGAGACUGGGGUUGUCCUCGGCAGCAGCAGGGUUGAGAGUGGCGCAUCUCAGAUCAUCGACACCAUGCUGGGAGAGAGGCCACAAGCGGACGUGGUAGGGAUUGGGGAUAACAACAACAACAACAACAAUGAUGAAGGCGGCAGCAACUACGACGGCAGCAGCGAUUACCACGUCAGCAGUGCGACAGUGUGCAUCAGCAGGAAGGGAGAGAGGUUGCAUGCUGACGUGGAGGGGAUUGGGGUUGACACGGAUAAGAAGCUUACCAUCUUACUUCCCUUCCUCCCCUUCAACCUCAUUGUCUGUCUGAGGAUAGGAGUAGGAUAGUCGAUGUUGAUUGGUGUUACCAUCUUCCCCCCCCUCCCCCCCCCUUCAACCUCGUUGUCUGGAUGUGGAUUCGGGUAGGAAAAUUGAUGUUGAUUGCUGUUGCCCGGCCCACAAUAUCAAUCAACAAUGGGGUGCUGAUUGCCCCGUGGGAGGGAGGUGGGCUGCUUUGGGAGUAGAUUGCAGAUGGUCAACCCUUCCCUUGUGCAGGGAAGUAAUCAAUGCCCCUGCUCUCCUUCAGAUAAUAGGUAUAGCGACAGUCUUUACAUGAUUUUGCAAAAUGGAAGCUCGGCUCGCAGUUCAGAUCACACAAGAGUACAGCAUUGAUAGAGUCUCGUAUUUACGCGUGACUAUUAAAGAUCCCUUACAUCACCUUUUGUUAGGGUUACGGUUUUUUUUUGCAUAAGCUGGACUCUACGUCCAGAACAUACAGAUUACAUAAUUGGUAGUGAUUCAUGCUAAAGACUUGAUUGAUAAACAUCAUACACAUCA